CCCGAAACUACCGGAUACUAGAAUUACUCACGAUAUCAGACCGACAACGCCAUUCGCACGUACCAUGGUUCCUGACAAUUGUUCUCAUAUUCUAUCCAAACCUGGAGGAUCUCGUUUGCAAUCUUGUAUAUAAGGGAACUUCAAAUUUGACUUGGAUUGCAUAUGACGUAUAUUCGCUUCCCUCCUGAGUUCCAAUUUCAUGUCUGGGUGGACCUGAGUGGGACUUUAAAUACGGUUGGCGAAAAUCCUGCUUGCGAGCCUCAUUCUGAACUAAAGCAGAAUGUCGGGAAAAUCAGAGAAGUCAGGGAAGACCGGCAAGUUAGGCAAGUCGGCCGAACCGGCAUUGGAGUUGGCCGUGGCCUUCGAGCCUACGGAGCUUGAUCCCGGCUUCCCAGGUUUGAUUGAGGAUGUCUCUGGGGCUGACUGGGUUCCUUUAUUCCAGAAUCCAUGCUCUUUCGACCCAGCUACCUUUUCCAAGGUCAUGUUGAAUCUCAUUCACAAUCCAAAUCUCAACUCCAGCUGGCUGUUCCGUGCAGAUAUCCUAUUCAAGAGUGAUGGUGAUCAGGAUCAACCACAUGGACCUGCCGAGCAUAAACCACGACUUGUCCAGUUCAGGGACUUUCAACUGGAAAAGCUCUUUGUACGGAGACUGAUCCCCCGGAACGCUUUAAGGGACAAGCCCCUUGAUCAAACAUGUAUAUUCUAUCAUGCGGAAGGACCAGGUGAGGCGGAGAGGUGGAUGCUGGUGUAUAACCCGCACGUCUCUUCUGUAUCUGAAAUGCCCUUCUACCACCCUAACGUUCGGGGUUUGGCAUUCCUGCACGAAUGGAACGCCAAAACUGAAGAGGGCACUAUCUCCAUUCAUUACUGUUUCUUCAAUCAGGAUGAUAGAAGUCAAACGCCAAAGUUGGUUCGUACAGCCCUCCAUCUGUUGUCUACGCUCCACAAGCACGGAGAAGGCUCGAAGGCAGGCUACGUCAAGCGGGUUCAUCACGAUACUAUAGUCCCCCAAAGAACAGUUCAAACGACUUACGCCAGGCUCAAAGAGAAAUACGGACGGAAACUCAUAGAAUCUUGGGCUGAAGUGACUGAUCCUUCAAAGCAUGUCUUCGAAGAUCUGAGCAUUGCCGCGUUUCUCAUCGAGUUGUGGCGUCAAAUGUAUUCUGGCACUGUCUUUCCGGGGUUCGUUGAUAUUGGAUGUGGCAACGGCCUCCUCGUUUACGUGCUACUCCAAGAAGGAUACUCGGGGUGGGGAUUUGAUGCUCGAAAACGCAAGUCGUGGGAGAACUACAACGUCCCAAGUGGCACGACAAUAAAUACGGAAGCAUUGUCAAGUCUUCGGCAACAUGUCCUGCUCCCAUCAAUCAUCCAGGACAGAAGCAAAUCCGACGAAACGGGAGAUGACUUGUCCAACGACUAUGAUAUGGAGAAUCUGAUCCAGGACGGCACCUUCCCGAAAGGCACGUUCAUCAUAUCUAACCAUGCAGACGAGCUUACACCAUGGACUCCUGUGCUUGCGACCGCAUCAGAAUGCCCGUUCAUCAUGAUACCAUGUUGCAGCCAUGAUCUGUCAGGGUCAAGGUUCAGGGCACCACCCCCUAAACAGCAAGAUAAGUCGACGUCGGCCUAUUCGUCGCUUGUUUCUUGGGUGUCACAGAUUGGAACGGAUUGCGGCUGGGAGAUAGAGACGGAGAUGUUGAGGAUACCAAGCACACGAAAUACUGGAUUGCUAGGAAGAAGGAGGACCGCAGACUACGCGGAUGUUGACCUGCAAGAGGUUAUACGAAAGUACGGGGGAGCCGUGGGCUUUGCUGACAAUGUCAUGAAGCUAGUAAAGGCCAACCCGAGAGGUCAUUGACGGCCUCAACUGUACCUAGGUUAGCAUAGCUAGAGGCGCUAGCAAAGUUUUUCCUUGUCAAGAUAAAUAAUUGUGCAACUUCGGGAGAAAGUCAUGGUCAGCCGGUGGCCUGGCUUACAAUGACCAUUGAGUAUCCCAUCAAGGUUCUGAGGAUGGAACCACCAGCCUGGCAUUUGCCUUUCAAAAGAUCCAAAUGCACAGGCAACGAUUCGAAACGAAAAUAACAGUAAAAAACAUCCCAAAACAAAAUUUUGCUUGAAAUAA